AUGUCCUUCCUCGCUGGGCUUUGCGGGUGCUUCACCCGCGACGAUGUGUCCCCCAAGGCCUCAUCCCAACCGGAGAUGCAGACAGCUGCUUCACAAAGCCGCAACCGCAUUGGCGUUCAAACAGGCCGCUUUAUCCUCUCCGAAGAGGGCGACUUCAUCCGCGCAGAUGGUCCUUCUGGUGGGCGACCCGGGCUCGGGCCCCCACCCAAUGACUCUGACCUGGGGGGCUAUGCCAGCGUGGUCCCGCUUCCCCAAUAUACGCCGCGUCCGAUGAGCAUCCACGAGAAGACGCUCGAAGCUCAUUUGCGUGAUCCGCCCAUGUCAUCGGACUCCACUUUCUCCUGCCAUGACGAGAAACGCCCUUACCUGUACGAUGAGGAGUUAACAUCUGACAGCUCGUCAGCUAUCUCAUAUCCCAGCAGCUAUGGCAACACCUCCACCGCGACGAGGGAGACUCCGCCGCCUCCGUACUCGCCUCGCCAGUCGGUGAUGCUGAGCCGAUCUCGCUCGAUCUCUAUAUCCUCCGCAAUGCUUGUCACUAUCCAGCCCCCGCCGACAGCACGGGUGAAUGGUGCCCACACGGGUCCACCUCCAUCUGAGGCGGAUGAUCAAUCAAUCCGUCGUCGACGGAGAGUCUCCUGGGAGAGCCGCUGA